UCAAGCGAAACCCUAAAUCUAAACCCACCGCUCGCGCCUCCUCCUAUAUGAGGCUUCGACCACCCCGCACCCUUCCCUAUAAAACCCUAACUCUCCCAGGUUGGAGAUCUUGUUGGCCGCCUGCACUCUCCCUGAUUCCCUUCCUCUCUUCUCUUGUCUUCUCUCCUCAGUCGAGACUCAGCUGCCAUCUACCUCAGUAAAUGGGCAAGUCAAACAAGAAGAGUGUUGAGGCGGCAGCAGCUGCCGUACCGGUGGUGUCUGAAAAAUCUGGUAAAAGAGGCAAGAGGGAUGCUGAAGAAGCAAUAGAGAAAGCAGUGAGUGCCAAGAAGCACAAGAGAGAAGUCUCCGAAAAGGUGGAGAGUAAGAAGCCUAAGAAGGUGUUGGCAGAGGUCCCACCAAAAAAGAAAGCUGAAACAAGUUCAGAGGAUGGGACUUCAUCUGAAUCUGAAGAGGAGGUUAAAGUUCCUACAAAGAAGCAAAGUAAACAAGCAAAGGCACCUGCAAAGGCUCAAUUGAAAAAGAAACCUGAAACAAGCAGUUCAGAGGAUGAGUCUUCGUCCGAAUCUGAAGAGGAGGUUAAAGUUCCUCCAAAGAAGCAAAGCAAACCUGCAAAGGAGUCGAGCAGUAGUGAGGAAUCAUCAUCUGAUGAUGAACCGGCUGCUCCAGCUAAGAAGGUAAUGGUUGCUACCUCCAAGAAUGGUUCUGCUGGUGCUGUGACCAAAAAAGGAAAAUCAGAAAGUAGUUCGGAAAGUGAUUCAGAUGAGGAUGAAAAACCUGCUAAAGCUGCACUUGAGCCUAAGAAGUUGCCAGCAUCUAGUCUGAAGAAUGGUACACCUACAGUGUCUAAAAAGCAGCAGGAAUCAAGUGAUGGUUCUGAUUCUGACAGUAGUUCGGAUGAUUUGGAUGAAGAAGAUGCUCCUGCAGAAGCCAAAGUCAUUCCAGCAGCCAAGAAGCAAGCAGCUCCAGUUGGUUUGAAAAAGAAAGAAAAAUCAAGUGAUACUUCCGAAAGUGAUUCUGAUUCUGAUGAGGAUAAUGCACCUGCAGCAAAGGCUGGUCAACCUGCAAAAUUGCAGGCUGCUGCAGAGAAGAAAGAUACUCAACAGAAGCGUGCUAAAGUAGUUGAAAGUUCUGAUGAUUCUUCUGAUGAGAGUGAUGAAGAGCCACAACAAAAGAAGUUAAAGAGUUCUCUUCCCUCAAGUGCGGGCAAGGUUAAUGCCAAGGUUGUCAAAAAGGAAAGCAGCAGUGAAGAAGAUGAUGACAGCUCUGAAGAAAGUUCUGAUGAUGAACCUUCCAAAAAUCAAAAUGUUAACAAGAUGCCUGUUGCAAAGGCUGUUAAAAAGGAGAGCAGCAGCAGUGAUGAAGACGAGGAUGACAGCUCUGAAGAAAGUUCUGAUGAUGAACCUUCAAAAGUGCAACAAGCCAAGAAGGCAACCCAACCAUCAAAAGACAGUAGUAGUUCUGAGGAGUCUUCUGAGGACGAAAGUGAGGAUGAGCAACCACUGAAGACUCCAAAGAAGGAUAAAGAUGUAGAGAUGGUGGAUGCAACUCCAAAGACGACAACUGAAAAGAAAGGGCCAAAAAAUCCUGCUACAUAUCAAAAUCAGACACUUGGAUCCCGAACAAUAUUUGUUGGAAACUUGUCCUUUGAUGCUGGACAGGAUGAUGUAGUGGAAUUUUUUAAAGAAGCAGGGGAAGUUGUUGAUGUGCGGCUGGCUACAGCAGAUGAUGGACGUUUCAAGGGAUUUGGUCAUGUGGAAUUUGCUACAGAGGAAGCAGUUCAAAAGGCACUAGAAAUGAAUGGUCAAGAAUUAUUUGGUCGUGCAGUUAGACUUGAUGUGGCCCGAGAAAGGGGUGCAUAUACUCCUCAAAGUGGGAGGGAAAAUUAUUCUUACCAAAAGGGUAGUAAGGGUAAUAGUCAAACCAUAUUUGUAAGAGGCUUCGAUAAAUCACUUGAAGAGGAUCAGAUUAGAAGCUCUUUGGAAGAGCAUUUUGGGUCAUGUGGAGAUGUUACACGAGUUUCCAUUCCGAGGGAUUAUGAAAGUGGUGCUUCCAAAGGGAUUGCAUACAUGGAUUUCAAGGACCAAGAUGCUUUCUCCCAGGCCCUUGAGCUCAAUGGUUCUGAACUUGGAGGAUACACUUUGACAGUGGAAGAAGCCAAGCCAAGAAGCGACAAUCGGGAUGGCGGCUGGAGCGGUGGCCGAGGUGGCGGCAGAGAUAGUGGAGGUAGAGGUGGGGGGAGGUUUGGAGGUAGAGGUGGUGGACGUGGUGGCAGAGGCGGAGGUGGCAGAGGACGUGGUGGAGGUGGCAGGGGUCGUGGUGGCACACCAAACAAGCAAAGUGCAGGUACAGCUAGUGCAGGGAAGAAGACGACUUUCAGUGAUGAUUAGAAAUGAUUGAAAGCUUUUGCUCGGUAUACUGUGCGAGACGGCAAUCUGUUCCCCAAAUUCGCAAGAUAUAGUUACGUUUAUCUUCAAUUUUGAUGCCUAGUUAUUUCAUUUUGGUUUGUCAGAGAUACUGAUGAUAGAUUGAAUUUGUGGUUCCGUUUUCGAAUGCUAAGACCAGUUGUUUACUACUAUAAGCAUCUUUUGUCAUCCUAUUCUUU